GAGACCGCAUGGCGCGCCUUUGGGAGCGAGAGGCGAGGCUGCGCGCUCGCCAUUACGCACCACCACAACAGCCAUAUUACCACAGCCAAAUACGUCAUCUCUUUAGCCAAAUCCUUAUUCGCUCGCAAAGAGUUUAACAGAGGAUGGUCAUGGAAACUCCAUCACCGCAAUGCGUUGGCCUUGAGUUUGUGCGCCAGUACUACACGGUGCUCAACAAGGCCCCCAUGCACCUUCAUCGUUUUUUCAGUCACAACUCCUCAUUUAUGCAUGGGGGCCAUAACUCCAUGAGUGAACCCAUUAUCGGCCAAGCAGACAUACAUAAAAUGAUCAUGAGCCUUAACUUCCGUGAUUGUCAUGCUAAGAUCCGAAUGGUUGAUGCUCAAGCUACACUCGGUAAUGGAGUUGUCAUCCAGGUUACUGGUGAGCUCUCCAACAAUGGAAUGCCCAUGCGACGAUUCAUGCAGACUUUUGUACUAGCGCCUCAGACCCCCAAGAAGUUCUACGUGCACAAUGACAUUUUCCGGUACCAAGACGAGGUUUUCAGUGAUGAAGAGGGUGCAGAGGAGGGAGGAAGUGAAGUGGAGGAGGACUUGGAAGGCCCCGUCUCCACACAAGGCUUCUCAGCACCCUCUGCUGCUGUCAAUGGAUCUGCCCAUCCGCCUGAGCCUGAACCCACUCCUCCUGCUGCUCCCCAGACUCCUGUCACUCCUCAAGUCCCAACACCUGUACCUACUGUUCCAGUACCUGCUCCAGGAAAUUCAUCAAAUGCCGCCACCACAGCUCCUGUUGCCACUGCCCCUCUUUCUCCAACACCUCCAGCAAUAACACCCACAGAACCUGUACCAGAAAGUCCACCCACUCCAGAAAAUGAUGAGCAGGGCUGGGGUACUCCAGGCACAGAUGGAUGGGGUGCUCCUGCAGAGCCUCAGGGUUCUUGGGAUGAGCCAGCAGUACCUCAGAAGGAGACACCAGAUCCAGACCCCCCACAACCAGAACCUGUUCAGUUGCCAUCAAAUGAGCCGAAGACUUUUGCCAAUCUCUUCAAAAAUUCCCAAGGUUUCCCUGCAGCUCCAGCACCUGCUGCCUCACAGCAAUCCUCUCAUGCCCAGCCAACUCCUCCAGCACAGCAACAGCCUCCACAGAAUCGAAGUGACAACCGAACCCAGGCAAGCACCACCACUCCAGCUGUGAGUCAGGCUCACUCUACUGGUGGCUUCACCCAACGACCACCAAGGAAUGCACAAGGUCGAGGGGCACCGCGUGAUCGUCCUUAUAGGCCCAACAGUGAAGACAAUUCAGAAUUAGAGAGCCUAGGUGGGGAAGAAAGAAGGAGAGCUCCUCCUGUACCAGACAGUCAGCAGAUCUUUGUUGGUAAUCUUCCACACACAGCUGGAGAGGAUGAACUGAAGGCGGAAUUCUCAAGAUUUGGGAAAAUUAUGGAUAUCCGUAUUAAUACUGCUAAAGGAAAAACUGGUCCUAAAGGUCAGGUCCCCAACUUCGGUUUCAUCACAUUUGAAGAGGAAGGUUCUGUGUCAAAGGCUCUCAACUCUAGGCCAAUCCAUCUUAAUGGUGAGCAUCGGUUGAAUGUUGAAGAGAAGAAGGCUCGCCUAAGGAUGGAUGGAGGUGGUAUGGGCCGUCCCAACAGUGGCCGUGGAGGAAUGGGAGGCAGCGGUGGCAUGCGUCAAGGCCCCCCUAGUGGCUUACAGGGACGAGGUGGAGGACGACCAGGCUUUAAUCGUGACAGUAAUCGAGGUGGACCAGGAGGACCCAGAGGUAGUUUUGCACCGCGACGUUAGGCUAACCAAUUAUAGUCACCAUGGCCUACUCUCUUACUACUCAUAGGAAACCUCUGUCCAGUGCAGCCAAUCUCAACAGAUGGCUGCAGUGUAAGUGGUCCAAACAUCUGCAAGAGGACUGCUCAAGUUAAAUCUGCAGUAGAGCCAUUGUACAACUUGAUGGAAUGGUGUGCUUCUCAGUGAAUGUUGCUGUUUUGAUAAUGUAACUCGACAAUGGCCACUUGAAAAUACUGGUGCUUGAGGUGAUGAUGAUGAAACUUCAGUGAUAUGGUAAACAAACUUCACAAUAACAUAAGUGGCUUCUUUUGUAAUUUAGUUACUCCCACUUCUCUAACUGUAUUAGAGUUAUCAGAUUGAUUUCCAUUUCGUGAACACAACAAUUUUUCCACUGAUGACGUGUACUUAGACAUAGUGCCUCCCCUGAUGUAGAUUGUGUUUCUAUGAGUAAAUAAAAGAACCCUCCUUUUUUGGAUGGUUGUGAUGGAAUUCAAUCUCUAAAUCUUGGACAACAAUUACUCUUUUAUUAUUUGGUAAUAAUAAAACAUGUUAUUGUGAUUACCAAAAUCAUUCCCUUUUUAACAGCUACUAGUCAGGAUUGAAACAAAGUUUUUUUUUUUUGUGCUUAUUUCAGUUUCAACAUCUAAAAGGUCCUUGAAAUUAUAUUGGAAAUAUAGAAGAAGUGGAUUAAAAUGGGUACUGCUUGAGGUCAUUGAUUUAUGUACUGGUAUUUGAUUCCAGUGAUGUUUUUGUAUGUUAGAAUUUUUUAACUUAUUUUUGAAACUUCAGCUGAGACUGAUGUACAUUUUGUACCUGGCAACAGAAGAUUGGUGAGGUUUAGUCCACUUUUUCCAGUGAUCAGCAUGCAGACACAGUAAUCCUCAGAGAUGUCUUAUCUGACUUGGCCCACAUCCAUGCUCACUGUUUUGACGUUACAUUUCCAGCACUGCUGUCAUACUGGGCAUUACACAUACAUAAAAUGUUAACUUGUUACAUGUAGUUCACAAGGCCAAGUACAGAUCAGCAUCUGCUAAUAGCUGAUUCCAUUUUUUUAUUUGAUGUGGGUGAAGUUGCCAAUAUCCGUUAAUAUUGACAACUUCACAUUAUCACAGAAGUACUUUAACUGGAGGAGCGAAGAGGAAACCAGUGUCCAAGGUCACAUUCUCGUCUAUUUUGUAGUAAAUCACUUUGAUCACUACUCAAAGAUUAUGCUUGAUUCAACCUCUUUCAUAUGUUGUAGUGUGCUAGUUUCUCCGAAUGGGAAAUGAAUAAUAGAAUGGAGCAUUUAUAUUUCACAAGUGUGAGUUGUAAACACCCCAAAGCAUUUCUAUAUUAUGCACAGUUUGUUACUGGUUGUGUUACAAUGGAAGCUCUCACACCACAGUAUGAUGAGCAGAAAUGUGAUAUUAGUUUAGAUAGUGGGCAAGCAGACACAGGGCAGAUCUGAAAGUCAUUGCAUGUCAGGAUAGCUUUUGAAACUGUCCUUUCAAAUUGUUAUAAAAGGGCAUUAGAUAAUUGCCCACACCUGGAGCUAGAUGAACCUCUGGGAAUUGUUACAGGGACAUCAGAAGAGAACUUAGCUCACAGGUCAUGUGAAGGGAUAUGCUGUAGUUGCAGACUUUAUACAUUCUGUUCAGGAUCUAUUGCAUUGGUAAAUUAAUUAUGGGUUACUGUUUUUCUUAAGCAUUUUGAAAAAUAAUUCAGAUUUAAAAAGUCUAGACACCUCGAACUUCAGCUAUUCCAAAUCCCAUAGCUUACAUUAUCAUUGGAGCUCCUGGGAGCAUGGCUAGCAUGUGAUCAGUUUUAAUUUGAUUUAAAAGUUUUGAAAAAGGUUUGAAAAUUGCUUUUGCUUUAACUUCCUUUAAGGUCUGUUCUUGCAGCUCCUCCUGGUCAGAAACUUUGUGAUGUCAAAUACUGAUGAAUGAAAGUGAGAAAUAAAAGCCUCUUUUCA